CAUCUGCUCAUGGCCAUACCUCGUGGGGCUUUGGAGUCACGUAAACAUUGGUCUUAUUCCAAACUUUGCUCUUUCCUAGUUGUACAACAUAGGGCUUUAGGAUUCGAUGAUGCCUGGCAAGUAGUAUGGAGCUCCAAACACGUUCGUUUUCUCCCCCAGUUCCCCUCCUCCUCUCUCAGCUGCUGGGGCAGAUGUAAAGCAGGACGGAGGGGAAGCUGGCCUCAGGGAACCCUCUCCUGGAUCUCAGAGCUCAGGGGCGUGGCUGAUGGCUUCCUCAUGGCUGCAAGGGAGCUGGUUUGCUGCGUUGGCGCCUUCUCCCCUUUUCCCAGGUACACUCAUACCCCGUUUUUCUUUUUCUUCCAAGGGUAACCUUCUGUGAGUGGUGGACCAGGGCUGUUGAACUGCCUGCCAUCUCAAAACCCAGCUGUGAGCCAGCGUGGCGGGGGCUGUGCCUCCGACGCCUGCAUGGAAGCCAGGAGCUGGGCUCCCAGAAGGCAACUGUGCCCGCAGGGGAGCAUGUUGCUGGCUUUUGCCUCUCUGCUCGGCUGCCUGCUUACCUCCAGCCAGGCCAAGGUCUACAGUCGCUGUGAGCUGGCCCGAGUGCUCCAGGAUUUCGGCAUGGAGGGAUACCGGGGAUCCACCCUGGCUGACUGGGUCUGUCUUGCUUACUUCACAAGUGGCUUCAACACAGCCGCUGUGGACCAUGAAGCCGACGGGAGCACCAACAACGGCAUCUUCCAGAUCAACAGCCGGAAGUGGUGCAAAAACCUCAACCCAGAGGUCCCCAACCUGUGCCAGGAGUAUUGCUCCGACUUGUUGAAUCCUAACCUUAAGGAUACUGUUAUCUGUGCCAUGAAGAUCGUGCAACAGCCCCAGGGUCUGGCCAGCUGGGAGGCCUGGAGGCGUCACUGCCAGGGCAAGGACCUCAGCGACUGGGUGGAUGGCUGUGACUUGUAGGAUCCUCUCUGGAUGGACCAGGUCACGCACAGCAGGCUGGGAGAUGUGGUUUGGUUUCUGAUCCAGGCUUGGGAAGACAAGCCAACCAAUAAAGUAUGUCUAACGUAA